CGCCGAGUGCAGCUAGUGGAUGCACGUCGAUGCAUGUGUGCGCGUAAUUGAACAUGAGAGUUAUUAGGAGACUGCGGAGGUAAAAAAAUUGUAUACAAAAAAAAUUGCAUUUUAAAAUAAAAUAUCAGAGGAUCGAAGAAUUAUUUUGACGGAGAUGAACGCGGCGAAAAAGGAGGAGGAUGAUCCCGUCGUGAAAGAGAUACCGGUAUACCUCUCCAAGACUCUGGAGGAUAAAUUGUUCAUCCUUCAGUAUCCCAUGUAUCCCAAAGGUAUUUGGGAUGACAUUAAUAUCGCAGGGACCUUCAUUAAGCCAGAAAAUCAGAAGAUUCGUGUUGAGCUUGCCAUGGAUACAACAAACGAGCUAUCCUAUGAUCACAGUAUGGGAGAGCAAUUGGCUCUAAGGUCAAAUGGAAAAUCAUCCACAGAGAAUGACAAUAAUGUCUUUGAUAGUGGUCUGAUGGACAGGACUAUUCUAACUUCGGAACGUGCACUAUCGGACUGCUCGAACUUUGGGGUGGGCAUCUUCCAGGACGACGAGCUGCAUAUCACACCGCUCAAGACGUUGCUGCACAUGAAACUACAAUGUGAUUAUCUGGAUGAAGGCGACAAGCAAGCCAGGGAUGGGACAAAGGGUACGGGAGAAGACGACGACGAGGAGGAUGAUAACCCGACGCCAGUCAAAGUGACGUUCGCUAGGCGUCUGCCGGACAAUCUGAAGAAGCUGCAGGAACAGUCUUUCCAGCAUCAUCACAAAAAGAGUGAAGAGGAACGUUGGAUGCGUACGAAUUAUUAUGCAUCGACAGACGAUAUGCAAUCUGAAAUUUUGCAGUCAACGCGGAUGGAUAUGUUCUGCCCAUUGAGUGAGGAAUCGAAGAAUACCCUAAAUUUGAGUAAGAAGGAGUAUCUGCAUCUACUAGUACCACAAUUACCCAAUGAAUGCUAUUUACAAUCCACUUCUGGAGAGCAAAUAGACCUUCAUUACAUCAAGACUUUGCCUUUGGAAAAACGAAUCAAGACAAUGAUGAAACAAGUGAGAAUCAUAUCUUUCGCAAAGUUAUGUGAAAUUCUAUUUCCGAAGAGUGAUGAGAGAAUGACAAGAGAGAUACUAAAGCAUUUACAAGAAGUAGCUAUGCUAGUGCAGGGUAACUGGGUCGUAAAAAGCGAUGAGAUAUACAAGGAUAAUUCUAAGAAUAGCUCCGAGGAUAAUCUCCAGGAUAAUCUCUCGUCUCAGAAUAGCAUUUCUGAUUUCAUGUGCAAAGCUCGUGAUUAUAUUUUAUCAUCAUUUACCAAUACCGAACAACAGUAUCUCAAUCGCAAUACAAUCUUGUCCGUCAUCAAACCGACACCAGAAGAAAUUAAUCAGCUUUUUGAGGAGCUUUUAACAUAUGAAGCGGGAAAAGGGUGGCGGCUGAAAGAGCCAUUUGAUUCCCACUUUUGUGAGAGCUAUCGCGAUAUUGUUGACCGCCAAAAAAUACUCUGGAAAGCAAAGAGGGAACAUCUGCUCGAAGCGAUGGAAGCACAGAAUCAGCCGCCACAGCGUCAACGCCGAAAGUCGAAUCGGGAAUCGCUAGGUUCAGAAAACGAGGAGAGAAACAUCGGUCGUGGACGAAAAUCGAUCAAGGAAUCGUCAGACAAUGGCGUAAUAACCGAGUCAGUUAAACAUAAGAAAAGUCGUUCUAGGAAAAUAUCAGAAACCACCACGUGACCAAUGCAUUAACUUUAAGGUUUUCUUUUUUUGCCUGUGUCUCCGAUUAUCAUGUCAUAUUUGAAUUGCGUGAUUGAACCACUAGGAAUCAUAAGGUUUCUCCGCAAUAUCAUGUCACCUAUUGAAAGUUGAUUAUUGAAGGUUUUCUCGAGACUAUGUUUAAAGUUCAUGUUCAAUCAUGAAUCCCUAAUUAAUGUAAUGUAUGAAUGUAGUAUAUUACAGUAUAUUAUACUUUAUUUAUUAAUGAAAUUCUGAAUUUGUAUGCAUGUAAAUAAAUAUAUGAUGAAGUUC